AUGGCAGAUCAAGAGCUAAAAAGGGAACCUGACAGUAAAAAAGCGAAGCUUCAAUCACCUGUUCAAAUGUUAAGGUGUAAGUUCUUUGUACAGCGCAAAAAACGAUACUGCAAGAUGACGGUCGGUGCCGGGAGAGAAUACUGUGGUGAGCAUGAACCUACCGACGACCGUACCGCUGAUGCCGGGUCGACCACGAGCGAUCGUAUUCCUUGUCCGCUCGAUUCGAAACAUACAAUAUCGGCCGCUAAAUUGCAGAAACAUUUGAAAAUUUGUAACGCACGACCACCAGCGGAACAGAAGCCAUAUAUAGUGCCCGGAAUCAAUUGCACUUCGGACGGAGAACAAUCGGAAUCACAACUGACGGAAGAUGUAUCUGGUGUGAAACUAUUAGACAUACCGGCGGAACAGCUAAAAGCACUUAUAGCGAAGGUAGAUCGCCUUUAUGAAACAGUAGAACCCCUUAUACAAGAACAAUCGCCACGCCACGGCAUUUUAGCGGAAGAGUUAAGGAUAGAGCACUAUGGUCCCCAAACAUUGAAACACUUGACACAGUCGUCCGCAUUGCUCGGUUUACUGGAACAGUAUGACUUUCUGCAGAACGAUACCGCGUUUGUGGAGUUUGGUGCCGGUAAAGGGCAAGUUGCUUACUGGUUAGCUAGAAUAGUCGAAACAGAGCUGCAGAACUGCAAGGUACUGCUGGUGGACCGUGCCUCGCACCGGCACAAAAAAGACAACAAGAUAGAAACGCGUGAAAUCGUGCAGCGCGUUCGGGCGGACAUUGCCGAUCUGGAACUUCACAAGGUGGAUCUGCUCGAGUCGAGCAAACGGCUCGUUGGCAUUGGGAAGCAUCUCUGCGGCAGCGCUACCGAUCUCGCCCUGCGCUGUCUGGUACGCAGCAGGUCCAAAUCUUCCGUCCACUUUAAGGGAUGCCUUUUUGCACUGUGUUGCCAUCAUCGGUGCGAAUGGCGCACGUUCGCCGGCAAACAGUUUCUUCUGACGAACGAUAUCACGCGCACGGAUUUUGAGUGUAUCGUGCGAAUGGUUAGCUGGGCUGUGUGUGGAACUGGAAGGAGCCGGGAACUCCGAGAGGAGAACGAACCCAACGAUAACAAACAGGAUCGGUGUGGAUUGACGCAUGUUCAGCGAGAGAUGGUCGGCAAAAAAUGCAAGCGCAUUCUCGAUUUUGCAAGAUUAAACUAUAUGGUGGAGAACGGAUAUGAAGCGCUUCUCAAAUACUACGUGAAGAGUGACGUAACACUGGAAAAUGUUUGUCUUAUUUGUAUGGACAAAUAA